AUGGAUGCUCUUACGGUGUUGCUUCCUCUUCUUCCCUGCUUCUCCCUCCUCUUGCGGUGUUCUGCCAACUGCAUUGCCCCGCUCUCUCCAACUCUUCCCCCACUUCUCCUCUCUUCCUCCCCCCCCCGCCCCAUCCCCCCUCCCCCAUCCCUUUGUCUUCUCCAUCCACCCUUCCUUUCUUCCCGCUCUUUCCAUCUUCUCCCCCCACUUUCCCCCACCCGCUCCAUUCCCGCCUCUGCCCCUUUCCACCUCACCCGUUAUUCUCGAACCGCAGAUCUUCCUUUCGUCAGCGAGCCCUUGGGUCCGGAGCGCGCGCACGCGGUGGUGGCGCGAGCGAACGCCACGUGGCAGCUCUUCGUCGAUCAGAACGUCCCCGCAGAGCCCUGGGCGCCGCCGGCCGCGGUCCUCAACGGAAGCUUCCUCGAAAGCAUCUGGAAGCGCAAAUACAUGGGCGACUGCGCGCCGUCCGCCGCGAUUCCUGUUUCCCAGCCGGCGCAUUUGCAGCAGCAGCAGCAAGCGGAGAAUUCGGCGCAAAAAGCGGCAGCGGAAGCGGUCUCCGGCGCUCUGGUGGAGGAAAAGCCAGCCAACGGCAAGUGGGGCGGGAAGCUGCGAGGAAUCUUUCGGACAAAAAGCGGCCGGCUUAUGCCGUCGCGACUCGGCGGCGGCUCAUCCGAUAAAUGCCCCAUUCCCAAGGCCUCCACCAGCCAUUGCAGUAACAGCAACAGCAGCAGCGGCGGCGGCGGCAGCGGCAGCGGCAGCGGCGGCGGCGGCGGAGGUGGCGGAGGCGGGGGAGGUGGCGGAGGCGGGGGAAGCAGCGCCGGCGCUGGGUUUGGCAGUGGCAUGGGUAGCCUCAGAUCUUCUGGUAGCAGCCCAGAAUCAAAUAUUUUCCGGCAACAGAUUCCGUCCAGUGGACACGUUUGGAACCACGCGGAAUCUGGCGAGUCGAGGGAAGCCUUCGGGGACAGGUUGCGGCGCGCCACGUCGUUGGAUCCCGGCCAAUUGGAGCCCGGGAGUAGGAAGAGCAGUGGAUUGGGCGGCGCAGUUUCGGGGCAUGGCAAACCGCCGGUGCAGCACAGGCGAAAUAAGGAUAAGGAAGACGGGGAAGUUACCCUUGUGAGAUCGAACACAGCGGGCAGGAGAGUGAAAUUCAAGGAGGAGGUUGACGUGGUUAUGUUGGCUGACGAGGACGAAGGCGAGGAGAGAGGAGCAGCGGGAGGGGCAGAUGAUAUUUUCCAGCUGAAGUUUACCCUAGCUUUGGCGCUUGACAAUGAGGGGCAGGUCUUUCCGUCUCCUCGGAAAAUAAUGUUCACGAAUGCGUGA